AGUGAGCACCAGUUUCUCCACGACCACACUUCCAUAGAAAAGAAAGAAGAGAAGCGCAUCGAUGCGUGAGAAGGUUGUCCCUAUUCCCUUCCUCGGUAAAGAGGUGUCGGGCUGGCUCUAUCGCACCUCGCGAUGGUCCCGCGCGCACCCGUACAAGACCGCUGGCAUUCUCUGCGGCUGCAUCGCCGGCACCAUUCUCUAUGAGGCGCAGGUCACCCACAAAAACCGCAUCCCUUCACCAAACGUCAACAACCACCUUGAGUACCAACUCCGCGACGCCUCCUUGUGGGAGCGGUGGUUCCGCCGUGGGCCGACGCAGCGCGAUAUGAAGGCCGACGCGGCGCAGUCGGCGGCUCAAUCGAUGGAGUUGGAGGACGCCCCGCUGACUGAGGAAGAAAUCAAGCGUCAGCAGCAACUUUCGCAGCGUACCAUCGCGGACGCCGAGGCCCUGUUGGCCAGGACGACCGACCCAGAGGAACGCGCGUCCUUGCAGCGGGUGAUCGAGCACGAGCGAAAACUAAUGGAGGGCGUCAACAACACAACCAUGUUAGUUCGUAGCGGGCAGCUGGCCGUGCGCGCCCCCCACUGGGAUAUCCGAAACAACGAGCGCAACUGGAGUAUUCUGUCGCGCGACCAGCAGCAGCAGAGGGACCACUACUGGUACCGCAACGAGCGCAGCCGUGAAGAUGACUACGCACGCAACACAUACUCGCGUCCGUGA